CGGCAUUGGCAUUUUUAAAUUUGUGCUCCUGUUGAGCUUUAUUACUUCAACUAAUUGUUAUGUUGAAAAUUGACAAUCGAGUUGCUCAAUUUUAAGCAUCAAGUUUUGAGUCAAAUGCGUGUUAUGUGGGUGAAUUGUAGCAUACAUAAUAAUCUUUUUGUUUUUUGUGACUACACUUUGUCCAGAGCCAUUAAAACUGAUUAUUUGAAUAUCAAUGAUAAUUAUAAGCAUAAUUAUAAUGUAAAUUGUUAAUAUUUCAUUUCCAAGCACAUAUUUCGAACACAUCUCACAAGCUCAGAUUUGUCCACGAAAAUAGAUAGGUGCGUUGACACAUGCGACGAAGCAUAAAUGUAUAGUAUUUUUUACUCGUUUAAUUUGUAUAAACUCCUUUGAAAUUUUUUUUUAAAGUUAAAUUUUUUAAUGUAAAACCCACGUUAGAGUAUUAUAGUAUAAAUGAUUACAAGCAUAACUAGUGAAUAUGUCGAAUUAUUGGCAAUUUAUGUUUACAAUGUUUAGUUUUGUAAUAGUAUUUUCAUUAAAAAUAUUAGUUGUAGUAUCACAGCAAUCAAGUGUUUUAAUUUCGUCUCAAGAAUCAAAAAGUCGAUAUAAUCAGAAGGAAUAUAAUACUCAAGUUUCAAACACUAAUCAUCAUAACAAAUGCGAACCUAUUUCGAUACCUUUGUGCCAAGAUAUACAAUUUUAUAAUCAAACCAUCUUCCCAAACCUACUUAAUCAUGCUAGACAGGAUGAAGCAGCAUUGGAAGUUCAUCAGUUUAUUCCACUUAUUAAGAUUAAUUGCUCACCAGAUUUGAAAUUAUUUUUAUGCUCAUUAUAUGCGCCAUUAUGUACAAUUUUGGAAUAUCCAAUACCACCAUGCAGAAAACUAUGUGAAAGUGCACGAAAUUGCGAAAAAAUCAUGAGAACCUUUGAUUUCCCUUGGCCGGAAAAUCUCGAAUGUACAAAGUUUCCAGAAGAUGGAACUGACAUUUGCAUCUCUCCAAACAUUUCAUCCUCAUCAACAGCAUCAACAUCACAAGACUCACAACAUUUUAAUUCUCAAAUUACCUCUCUUGGAAAAGUCGAGAAAACUCCCAUAAAAAUUCAGAACACUACUGCCUAUUCUCAUCGUUUUAGAGGAUUUAUAUGUCCAGUCCAAUUAAAAGCACCAGCCGUCCUUGGAUAUGAAAUAAAUAUUGGUGGAAAAGUCGUCAAAGACUGUGGAGCACCAUGCAAUUCAUUAUCUUUCGAUGAUAAAGAAGUAACGACAUUGAGAUAUUGGAUAAGUUUUUGGGCAGUUAUUUGCGCGUUAUGUUGUCUAUUUACUAUCUUAACUUUCAUCAUCGACUCGUCACGUUUUCGCUAUCCAGAACGUCCGAUUGUUUUUCUGGCAAUUUGCUACUUAAUAAUCAGUUCUGCUUACAUUUUUGGACUAUCCGCUGGAAAGUCUGUCUCAUGCCGUGAGCCAUUUGUGCAUGCGGGUCGACUGGGGCGUUUGCAGCUUAUUCCAACAAUCACCCAAGGACAUCAAAGCAGCCUAUCAUGUACUGUUUUAUUCUUGAUGAUGUAUUUUUGCUUGAUGUCUGCCUUUACUUGGUGGGUGUUUUUCGCUUUAUCUUGGCUUCUUGCCUCUGGAUUUAAAUGGGGGCACGAAGCAAUCGAAUCCAGAGCGCACCUAUUUCACUUAAUAGCUUGGUGUCUUCCGUGCAUUCAAACAAUUUUUGUGCUGGCAUUGGGAAAAGUUGAAGGAGAUAUUUUAUCUGGUGUCUGCUUUGUUGGAACUCUCUCGAAGCAUUCAAUUGCAAUAUUCUUACUUAUUCCAUUGACUAUAUACUUAGUGCUUGGAACAUUAUUCUUCUCUGUCGGCUUUACAGCAUUACUUAAAAUUAGAACGAUGAUGAGGAAUAAAAAUGAUGGCACUCGAACUGACAAAUUGGAAAAAUUAAUGUUUCGCAUCGUCUUCUUCAGUAUUCUAUUUGUCAUCCCAUCGUUUAUCUACAUUGGAUGCUUAUUUUAUGAGUGGAUAUACUUUGACGAAUGGACUCUCCAGUGGAAUCGAAUGACAUGCAAGAAAUUCUCAAUUCCUUGUCCACCACAAAGUGCUAACGAUGAAUCGAAGCCAAUUUUCGCAAUCUUCAUGCUUAAAUAUUUAUGCUCAAUGCAUGUCGGCAUAACAUCAGGAUUAACAUGGUUAUGCUCUAGUAAAACAAUCGCAAGUUGGAAAGCUUUUAUUGAUCGCUUAAGAGGAAGGAAAGCAAGAAAUUUUGUGUAAGCAUUUACUUUAUGUUUUAAAUAAAAGAAAUAUACAAAUUAAGCAUUUUAAUUAAACUAA